CUGUCGCCUGCACACCCCCUUCCCCCCCCCCCUCCCGGUCAACACACCACCACUCAACGGCAUAGCCGCAGCUGUUGCCGCCGCCACCGCCGUCCCCACCGCCGCCGCCGUCUGUUCCUUCCCCCCUUCUGAGGUCCCGCCGCCCAGCUCCCGGACCCGCAACUUCGCACGCACGAGAAACAUGACCUACUUCUCGCAGCACCUCGUGCAGACCUUCUGCGUCUUCUUCUUUUCCAUCGUCAACCUCGUCCUCUCGCCGGUGCUCUUCUUCCUGGAGCGCCGCCGCGCGCAGAAGAUCAUCGCCCGCCGGAAUCCCGCCGGUUUCACCUCCAUCUUCAUCACCGGCGCCGGGAAUGGCAUCGGCCGCGAGCUGGUCCGGUCGUACGCCCGGCCCGGGGUCCACCUGUCCAUCAUCGACAUGAACAAGGAGGCCCUGGCCAAUGCGGCCAAGGAUGCCACGGACCGCGGUGCCACCGUCACCUCGGAGGUGGUGGACGUGCGCGAUGCCCAGGCCAUGCGGGAGUUCAUCCUGGCCGCCGACGCCGAGCACCCCAUCGACCUGGUCUUCGCCAAUGCCGGCAUCGCGGCCAUGUCCAGCAACACCGACCCCAAGUACACCCUGCAUGACUCCUUCACCGACAUCACCCAGGUCAACUGCCAGGGCGUCUGGAACACCAUCUUCCCGCUGGUGAGCAACAUGUGCGACCGCAGCGGCCGCGCCGGGGCCUUCUCCUCGCAGGUGGUUCUCAUGUCCUCGCUGUCGGCCAUGAUGCCGAUUUUCAGCGCCCCGGACUAUGCCGCCGGCAAGGCCAUGGUCUGCUCGGCCGGCCGGUCCCUGCGUCGGUACUGCGAGAUUUACAAUGUCGGUGUGACGGUCAUCACCCCGGGCUUCGUCCGGACCUCCCUCAUCCCCCAGAAUGUCGAGCUGCCCAUGCUGCUCGAGGUGGGCCAUGCCGUCUCCAACAUUGUCACCGGUGUCGAGCGCAAUGCCGGCCUCGUGGCCUUCCCGAACAUGGUGUACUUCGUGACCUCCACCCUGGGCGGCAUGUCGGACAUCGGCUUCGACACCCUCAGCAAGAAGGCCAACCUCCUGAGCGCCGGCAUCGCCCGGCGCUUCUUCCCGGCUGGCUGGUCCGCCGACAGCCCCCCGACCCCGGUGGCCCUCAGCGACGGGACCACCGGCACGGGCACCGGCUCGGCCUCCGCCUUCAUCACCAGCGGCUGGAGCAACUUCCAGCAGAAGGCCAAGGCCGGCGUGGUCAAGGCCGGCUCCAAGCUGGAUUAAGCAGCAGCAGCAGCAGCAGCAGCGCACAUGCUUGUGUGACGCGCCCCUUAUCCUUUUUGUUCUCCCUCUCUUUUUUGAAACGCCGCCCGCGCGCCGCUGUGUGGUGCCAUCCUCCUCUUCCUCUCCCCCCUCCCUCCCCUCUCUCUCUCUCUCUCUCUCUUCUCGUCAGAAAAAAAAAGCUGGCGCCCGGGAGACGCCGCAUCUCUCUCUCUCUCUCCACAUGGAGCGAGCGCGCGCGCGCAAGAGAGAGAGAGGCAAGGCGGGAGAAGGAGGAGGGGGGGACAAACAGCGAGGCGCGCGGGACGGGGGAAAGGGCACGCGCGCGUGCUGCAAAACGCGCCUGCGCCGGCCGGCAUCGGCGGGGGGGACCCUAGUUGCUCCGUGCCCCUCCUCUCUCUCUGCCCCCGUGUGCAUGCGCGCCCGCGCGCCGGUCUCUCUCCCUCCCUCUUCUUCUCUCCCCGCUGCGUCUGCCACGCGCGCCCCUCCUCCCCCCCUCUCCAAGAAUAAUACAUUUGUCCUUCUCCUUUGUUCCAA